AUGUCUAAGACCUCUCAGCCAUCAGUUAGUUCUAAAGAUUCGAGGAAUACUGCCAAAGACGAUACCACAUCGAUCACAUGGCUGGCGCUUAUUGUAGUUGGCAUGGGAGACAAGUUGCGCAUGCGUGGUGUAUGCUACGUUGAUACCCAUCAGUGUGUUGGUGUACAUUUCACACCUGUGUUUAAGUCUUACUUAUUAGUUCAAGCUUGUUAUAGCAUUUAA